AUGGAAGAGGACACACAUGUGCUCGAUGACAUUAGAGAGGAAAUGUCCCACUUACCACUGAGUGAACUGAUGACAAUGCAAAACAAAAUUGGCUUAAAAGCGUUCAGAAAAAUCAAGUAUGGUCUCGUUGGCAAGGCAACAACAAAGAAUAAUUUCAAAAGAGAAAACAAAAACAGGCCCUCGGAACUGUCAGCGAGACGACCAGUACCGAAAAAUACUGUCUGUCCCAAGACAAAGGUGACCAGAGACCCGCGCUUUGAUGAUCUGUCAGGAGAAUUUGAUGAGAAAAUUUUUAAUCACACUUACAGUUUUCUGUCAGACGUAAAGAAAAAGGAAAAACUGAAAUUAGAGAAGAUAAUUAAGAAGACAACAGACAAACAGAAGAAGUCUGAACUGAAACAGCUCCACAACAGAAUGGAGCAACAGGAACUUGCAGCAAAGAGAAAAGAAAAACAGCAACAGUUGGAGAAAGAGUGGAAACAGAAGGAGCGUGAACAAGUUAUGGCCGGAAAGAAACCAUUCUUCCUAAAGAAAGCUCAGAAACGUGCAUUACUUGAUGCUGAGUACCAGAAGGAACUAACUGAAUCUGGAAAAAUGCAGAAGUAUUUGACUCGCAAGAGCAAGAAAAUAGCCGCCAAGGAAAAGAGAAAGCAAGAAUGGAGCACAAAAGAUCUGUAA